AUGUCAGACCAAGUUCUAGCUGGGAUAUUGGAACAGCUUGAGAGGCUUACCAAGCAGAACGAGGUGUUGACUGCAAAGUUACCAGGCCUAUCUCCUGCUCUUGGACCGGUCGACACUGACCCUUCCCCUUCCUCUUCCUCUUCCCCUCCUACUCCUACUCCUGCCCCAAAGCCUCAUCCAUCCACUCCCCAGAGUACUAGUAAGAAAUCAGACGAUCUCUACCCUCACAGAGUUAUCAUAACCACCUACCCAGACCAAACAGGUAUCAAGCCACUCCCACUAACAUGGGGCGCUCCCACCGCUCUCCAGCGGGGGCCCGUCCUCUGCUCGAGGCUGCCAAACAACAUCAAACUGCGCAAUUCGAUCGGCGCGCAUUCCGGGUCUUACGCAACCUAUCGCGCUCUCGCAAUCGCCCUCCGCACCCUAUCCCCGACGCACAUACCUGAUUAUUCGCUCACCCAGCCCCCUGUGGAUAUCCCGCCUCAACCCGCUUGGUCGGAGAAGGGGAAGAUCGUAUCCCUCGACCCGUGGGGUCAUCUAGCUCCUCAAGUAUUCUCGGAACUUAUCAACUCAGGGCUGGAUAUAAGGCCGUCGAUCGCGGUCACAAAGGCGCAUAUAAAGCUGAGCGAGAUAGAUGAUGCUGUUCGGGCUGGAAGGAUAGAGGUGGACGGGAAGAUCGUACGACGUUGUAGGCCGGUGGAGCCGCUCACGCUGGACCAGGAGGGGGAGGGGGAGGGGGAGGGGAAGGGGAAGGGUAGGGGGAUGGGGGAUCCGGGGGUGGAGCUGGACGUCUCUAAGGCUGCGGUAGAGCCCGUAUGGUUCCUACCAGGCGUAGCAGCCAGGUUCGGCAUAACGGAACAGCUCUUGAGGAGAGCGUUAUUUGAGGAUACGGGGGGGAUGUAUCCUGAGCUAAUUACGAGGCCGGAUAUUAAGGUGUUUCUACCCCCUAUUGGGGGGUUGACGGUGUAUAUCUUCGGCCCCCCCGCAUACCUCUCCGACCCCUCCAAAGAGCUCACCCUACGCAUACACGACGAAUGCAACGGCUCCGACGUCUUCGGCUCCGACAUCUGCAGCUGCAAGCCCUAUCUCAUAUACGCGAUCGAGGAAUGCGUGCGUACAGCCCAACGCGGGGGGGUCGGGCUUGUAGUCUAUUUCCGGAAAGAGGGUAGAGCGUUGGGGGAAGUGACGAAGUAUCUUGUCUACAACCUGAGGAAGAGAGAGGGAGAUAGGGCGGAGAGGUAUUUUGAGAGUACGGAGAGUGUGGCUGGGGUGAGGGAUAUGAGGUUUCAGAGGCUUAUGCCGGAUGUGCUACAUUGGUUGGGAGUUAGGAAGGUGGAUAAUAUGAUUUCGAUGAGUGAUAUGAAAUACGAAGCCAUCAUCUCAUCCUCGAUACCCAUCCUCCACCGGUCGGACCUCCCCCAGCAUCUAGUGCCGGGAGACUCGAGGGUAGAGAUAGACGCGAAGAUCGCGGCUGGGUAUUGGAGUAGGAGAUGUGUGAGGUGGGAGGAUUUGGGGGGGGUUAGGGGGAGGGGGUGGGAGGGGGAGGGGGAGGGUUAA